UAAUAAGCUGUUCAUUACUUUGCCGAUCUUUCUUCGAUAAACUCAACCCUUCGGGAAUUGGCUACCUGGACCUGGGGUUGCGAAGCAAUAUUAGUUGCAAUUUUUAUUCCACGCCGGUCGGAUCGUGACUUCGGGUGCAAGUAAAAGUUGUAGGCACGCGUGUUGUCUGGCAUUAGGGCGAGAGUGAUUAAUCGAUCGGGGUGUAACGUGCAAAUGGUAGUGCAUUAGACGGAAUUUAAGUGAAGAAGUGAAAUUGAACUGCAUGUUACUCGGGAGGCAGUCAUGAAGUACCUAUUCCUGGUAACACUGCUGACAGUGGCAGUAUCCCGGAGCCAUCAGAAAACUUCUCCAUGUCCUGCAGUUUUCAGCUACGAUGAAAAGGAUGACACAUCGGACACGUGGUACGGAACGUUACGGUUGAAAACGAACGUACCACUUCACGGAAUCUUUGUUGAUGUCAUUUUCGACGGGCAAGUUUACGUUUUUGGGCAGGCAUAUUUUAAAGACGUUACAACCAAGGACAACCUCCGCUUCUACAUCGAGGACAAAACCUACCAAUUGAAUGCAGGGGAAACUAUGAUCUUAAAAUUUUAUGUCAAGCAUUCGGAGUAUGGACGAACCCCGGCAAUACGGCAGAUCCGCUUCAAUGGACAAAACAUCUGUGUGGAUAUUCCCAUCGUGCGACCCACCACCAUCGACCGUCAUCAAAUCAAACCGAUUGUGGCCAGUUCGUACGACAAACCCAUUGUUUAUCCGGAUGAUCCAGUAAGGCGAGAGAAUCGACCAAACAACAGUGAUAACUUGCAUGAAAUAACCGCCCAUUCAGUCCAAGCAAUCAAUCCCGCUGUUCAGCAUGAAUCUGAAACUAACCUUCCUGCUAACCAUACUUACUCCACUUUAAAUCCUUCUUACUUGAAUGUAAAACCCAACUCGGUGAUUACUGAAGACUCCUCUAAAGUGGAAACAAGAUUUGCAGAAUCAUCCAACGUUUCGCAUGAAACCAAACGACCUUCAGUCGAGGAAAAUCACAAUAACUACGACCCGAUUCAGGAUCCAAACAUUUGGAAGAAAGCGACAACGGAAGCUUCGACUACCAGACCCAUCCGCCAACCGGUUCCAAACUAUGAAAACAAUCGCGAUACUAACUACUACGCCAACAGUAGGACUACACCUCCCAAAAAUGAUCACCACUACGUAGCCGAUCGUACGACAACUACCGAAACGUCCUAUUACCAGGGUGACUACCAGCAGCACAAUUCGCGAAGUACUACCAAAAAACCAUCCUACUUCCAGGGAGACUACGCUUUCAUCCAACCACUGGAGACUUCUACCCACUACAUCAAUUCCAACGACGAAGACAUCUGCGGUUCGGUCGUACCUAAAGCAAACCCAUUGGUAACCCACGGUUCAUCCACCCAGCAUGCCCAGUUCCCAUGGCAUGGAGCCCUGUACCUUUCAUCCGUUACUGAUCUUCGAUACCUCUGCGGAUCGACGCUGAUAGCGGCCCGGUAUGCACUCACGGCAGCGCAUUGCGUUGCCCUAGAGAGAAGCCGUCGCCCGGUAGAAGCCGACAAUCUACUGCUCUAUUUAGGCAAGACCAAUCUCAAGAAGUGGAACGGUCCGGAACAGGACGCCAAGAUCAAUCGCGUCAUCAUCCAUCCGGACUACAAUCACGAACGUUUCUUCGCCGACAUCGCAAUGCUAGUACUGAAGCAAGAUGUCAAAUUCAACAACUACAUCCGACCGGCCUGCUUGUGGAACUUCGACGAGGAUUACAAAGCUUUGAUCAACAAGGUGGGAUUCGUUCCGGGCUGGGGCUACAACGAGCGCGGUUUGGUGAGCGAGGAUUUGUCCUUCGCCCAGAUGCCGGUGGUGGCGCACGAGACGUGCAUCUGGUCCAAUCGGGACUUUUUCAGCAAGGUGACUUCGAAUACGUCGUACUGCGCCGGUUUUAGGAAUGGAACGUCGGUCUGCAACGGGGAUAGCGGUGGCGGAAUGGUGUUCAAACAAAGCAGCCGCUGGUAUCUUCGCGGAGUUGUGUCGGUUAGUGCCGCGCUGCAGGACAAGAUAACCUGCGAUCCCAAUCACUAUGCUGUUUUUACCGAUGUGGCAAAGUUUUUACGAUGGAUCAAGAGUUAUAUAUCCCAAUGGAUUAAGUUCUGUCGGAUGUAUUCCGGAACCGGCGAAAUUAAACCAAGCUCACGAGUCUGUAGCCGAUGCGUGUCGUUCCGGUCCAUGCUGUUGGUGCUGAUUCUACAAUCCGCUGGCUUCUGGCGCCAAUCCAACGGUCAUUCAUACUACAUUCAACCUGCUGCCAGCGAAACCACAUCAACUGCUUCGGAGAAGAUCAGCUGUAGUGAGCUGUUCACCGUGGACCGUACAAACUACUAUCAGAAACGAUACGAGGGAAGCCUGCUACUGAAGAGUGAUGUCACGCUGCAUGACGUUGAGAUCGACCUGCGAUUCGAUCGCCAAGUCGACCUGCUUGUAAACUAUUUCGGAGUUUCAAGCAGUGUGAACAACCGUGGUUUCCGUAUAAUGAAAUCCGGUUACAAGUUAUUCCCUCAAACGAUUUUGAAACUCAAACUUGAAGUAAGCUAUUCCACCUCCAUACAACCAGGGUUGGAGGAAGUCCGACUCAAUGGAGCUAUACUGUGUCCUCUGGAGCCAGUCACCAGAAUCAACGUGGCAGGGGAAUCAUCAACUCCAGUCUACCGCUAUCCGCCAAGCAGCUGGAAUCUUGGCAUGAAUCCCGUGCCACUGUUACGGCCAACGGUGGCCGUAACUGCUCCAAGGAACUUUACGGACACUCGGGAGGACAGAUUCAAUUCAUCGUGUGCAGCGAUGGGGCCGAACAUUAUCAUCACUUCCGGACGAUGGGAUGGAGUGCUCACGCUCAAUACCGAUGUGGCCGUUGAUCUCGUGCACAUUGAGAUUGUUUUCGAUCGCCCGAUCUAUGUCCUUGGGAACCUAUUCGGCGAAGUGCACACCACCGACGGCAUUCGGUUCGUGCUUGAAAAUAGCACACUGGCACUGGCUGCGGAUGCCGAAGUGACGCUAAACUUUUUCGUCAAGUUCAACGAGAAUGGUCGCAUUCCGGACGUCCAGGAAGUCAACUUCAACGGUCGGGACGUAUGCCGGCAGCGGAAACGGCGAGUUUCCAUCACAACCGAAACCUCGCUCGGUGUAUUUGGCGAAUCUCGACCGUCAUGGAGCAGCUCGACCACGGAAUCGUCGUUUGAACGGUCGACUACCAGUGGCAGAGGGGAUUCGGAGGAACAAUACGACGAUAGCGACUGCGCCACGGUUUAUCCUUCAACUGAACCGGUGGUGCAGUCUAGGAUCAUCGGAGGAACAAAUGCCAAAUCCGGUGAAAUUCCGUGGCACGUUGCCAUCUACUAUGACGAGCAAUACCAGUGUGGUGGCAGUAUCAUUUCACAGCGGAACAUUCUAACGGCCGCACAUUGUCUUACGAAGGAAAAUAGUAACGAAACGCUGGAAAUGGACCUCUUCAAGGUGUACAUCGGUAUCGUGGAUAUCGGCCUGAUAGAUGACUAUUUCUUUCAUACCGCUGAGAGUGCAGUCAUUCAUCGAGACUACAAUUCAGCCACACAGACGACCGACAUUGGCAUUUUAAAACUGAAACGAGAUAUUAUUUUCAACAAUUUCAUAAAACCAGUCUGUCUGUAUAGAAACACGACGGACAUCAGUGCGUUCUACAGCCGAUACGGAAAGGUAGCCGGAUGGGGCAUUAAUCGAAGUGGAGUCGUUACCAACCAUUUGAAUUAUCUGGAUAUGCCAGUGGUGUCGCAAAAGAAAUGCUCACAGACAAACAUACAGUACAAUACGGUUCUGGCUUUUGGGGAAUCGUUCUGCGCUGGACAUGCUGAUGGAAAUUCUGUGUGCAAUGGAGAUAGCGGUGGAGGCUUGGUAUUCGUCGACGACUAUCGAUACUAUCUGCGGGGAAUCGUAUCGAUCAGUGCCCAGAAACGCAAUCAACUAAUGUGUGACCCAAAUCGAUACUCGGUGUUUACCGAUGUAUCGAAAUUUCUCAGAUGGGUUCGACAAAACAUGGAUUAGAUUAUUA